CGGAUAGGUGAGGCUCAAGUUGCUUGUUCUUUCUUCCGUCUUCCAUCUUCCAUCUUCCUUCUCAUUUUUACUCAAUGUCGUCAACUGCGACAGAGACCAAUAGUGAACUCCGUCCUCGUCACAGACGCCGCUUUUCAACGAAUGAUGCGCAGCGUAACCUUCGUCUGGCUAUCUGCCAGCGCCUGCCUCAUUCACUUGAGGCACUCGACCUCUCAUCUAACUCGGCCAAAGAAACUUUUGCUGCGCUCAGAUACCUUGUCCUAUCAUAUUUAGAAGACAUUGAGAUGCGAUUGGCCAAACUCGAGUCUCCAAUCACGCCGAUUACUGACCUUCACCUCACUGAGGCUUUGAAGACAAAGGGUGGUCACUCUGUCGAAGAAGCCAGACAGUGGGCCAAAGAUGCCCUCGAAAUGCUCCGUAGUAUUCGAACGGACGUAUGCUCUCACUUCCCGGACCUCCAUCUUCCAGACAUGUCUCCAGUAAAGUCUCAUCUCCCCGAAUUCCCCGAUGUUCCUUCCCUGAGCGACGUGCGCUUGCGUCUACCUGAUAUUCCGAGCGUCGGUCCACAUAUUGCAGCCCUAGCUCCGAGCGACAUAACAUCGCUGUUAGAACAUGCCUGCUCCCGCUUUUCCGACUUUGACUUUUCUGGUUUUCUACCAACACUUUCCGCUCGCCUCCAGUCCUUCCAUGCGCACCUACGUUCAUUUGAUCCUCGCUCUAGUGAGCUCACGUCUCUCCCGGGAAAUUCUCGUAUAUCCGGCCUCAUUGAUUCCAUCAUGUCCUCCGAACUCAUCACUGAACUAUCUGAUGAUGUCACUGAAGUAGAGGCUAUCAUAGAAGUGGCGGCAAAGGACAUUUCUCGUGCAGUAAAACAAUCAUUCCAAGGAUCACGGCUAAUUAAGUAUGUCGACCUUCCGCCAAAAUGGCGAAACAACCCAUUUGUCCUUGGAGGCUAUCGGUAUGUGGCAAGCCCCGCCUUCUUUGCAAUAUUGAAUAUACACACGCAUCUCAUUCCAUUCGUUCUUUGGCUCAUCAAUUUGAUACCCAUAUUUAAUGCAUCGACUAUUGUAGACACCCCGGAGGUUGCAUUUAUUUCAUUUUCUCUUCUGUGCCUUUUCAGCAGUGUGGUCUGGCACACAAUGGCCGGCUGUGCACAUCCUCAGGGCAUGGAGCUUUGCGCACGGAUAGACUAUGUAGGCAUUGGAUGGCUUAUCAGCGCCUCAGUUGGCACCAUCGUAUAUUAUGGCUUCCAGAAUUGUCAUCCGGAAGUGGGAAACGCAUUUCUUGUUUGUAGCUUUAUGACUGGGAUUGCAGGGAACGCAUUCCCAUUCUUCGAAUGGUUCGAUCAAGCCGAAUACAGACACUGUCGUAUUGCUUUCUUUCUGUUUCUGGCAUUUACCGCCGCUGCCCCGAUGACAGCCCUUGCAUACCUCCAAUCACCUGCGCAGAUGUUCGCUUUCGUUUAUCCUAUUUGGCCUUCUAUUACAUCAUACCUCAUCGGCCUCCGGUACUCUCACUGGCUUGACUGGUGUGGUGGCGGCUCCCACGCAAUCUGGCACAUUUUUAUUGUCAUCGCUAUCAGCCAACACCGUGCUGCGAUCGCAGAGUUCCGACGCGGCGUUGAGUGCCAUGCUGUAUCGUAAUGCUAAUUUUUUAAUUGGACUGUCGCCUGCGAAUAGAGAAGUAUUGUUCAUAUUCAUUUCUU